GAUAUGCUAUAUUGUUUUUCUUAUUUAUCGUUUCUCGUGAAAGUUUUAUUUAUUUUUAUUUUAUACUUGCCGGUUUGUUUACCACGUAAAAGUGCAAAGGAUUUCUGUUGAAUGCAGAAAUGUUGUUUCUGCGAUGUUAUUCGACAAAAAUUAGAGAUGUGUAUCCCCAUAGCACCAUUAAAGUUUUUCGAAGCAAUAAAUUAGCUGCUCAGCCACCUUGUAAUACCAAAGCACGGAAGACAGACACAAAUAUCCAAGCUAGUUCAAUUGAAGGCGUUAAAAGUCCUAAAUUGAAUGAAAAUGAAGAUUAUGCCGAGAACGCCGUUAAGGUACAGAUGAUUUCUCGAUGUCUACACAGGCAAAUAUUUAAGAAAUCAACGAAUUCCAAGGCUGCGGAAGCGUCGAUCUAUAUCGCUGAGUUGAAAAAACAUGGCAUUGAUGUACACAGCACGGAUCACUUACCAGACGUUAAUCUGCAACUUCCAAAACUUCAUGGAAAAGACAUUGAAGAGCACUUUUACACUAUUGCUAAAAAACAGGUAGCCCCAUACGAGCGACUUAUCGAUACAUUGGUCACGUGCAAGACAUUACCUGCCCGCCCAGCGAAAUGGUGCUUCCAAAGCGGGUGGACAGUUUAUGAUGCAAACACAGGAGAAGGACAGCCGAUAAGUAUACCACCAGAAAACGCUUUAGUACUGGAUGUAGAAGUGUGCAUGUCGGAAGGUGCUGCCCCAACAUUGGCCGCAGCGGUAGGCACAAAAAAUUGGUAUUCAUGGGUUAGUCCCAAUCUCACAGAUAUCGAUACAAUUAAAUCAAAAAAACAUUUAGCAGCAGCGAAACGCUACUUCUUAAAAGAUCUGAUACCACUAGGAACUAAGGGUCCUAAAAUUAUUGUUGGUCACAAUGUUUCUUACGAUAGAGCACGUUUGCGCGAGCAAUAUCUAAUAGAGGACAUAGGAACGCGGUUUGUAGACACAAUGUCUUUACAUAUAAGUGUAAGCGGAAUAACAAGUUACCAACGUGCGCUUUUGAAGUCACAGAAAGAAGCAGACCCCGAAGACGAGGAAUGGCAAGCGCAGAGUUCUCUUAAUAGUUUAGUAGACGUUCAUCGCUUGUACUGUGGAGGAGAGUUACUUUCAAAGGAGCCUCGCAAUAUUUUUCUAGAAGGCACGCUGUCGGAUGUAAAGGAUAAUUUCCAAAUGCUAAUGGGAUAUUGUGCUGGAGACGUUGAGGCUACCUACAAUGUCUUUACUAAACUUUAUACUAUGUAUUCACAAAGAUUUCCGCAUCCAGCUACCUUAGCUGGCAUGCUAGAACUAGGUUCAGCGUAUCUCCCAGUGAAUUCUAACUGGACACGUUACCUAAAAGAGUCAGAUUUGGCCUACGAGGACUUAAGCAUUGAAGCUAAGAAUCAUCUUUCCCGUAGAGCUGAUAGCGCUUGCAGGCUUAUGAAGGAUGAAGCAUAUAGAGAAAACUUGUGGCUUUGGGAUGAAGACUGGAGUGUUCAGGGAAUCAAGUUGAAGAAAACUAAAUGCUUAAAAAAAGAUACCAACAAAACCGUAAAAAGAGACAACAGCGAUUUGAUAAUAGAUAAGCAGCAAGACUUACAAAAAAAGUUCCAAUAUUUGUACGAUACUAAGUCACUUUUGCCGGCACGACGCCCACUGCUUCCGGGUUACCCCGCCUGGUAUCGGAAAUUGUGUAACAAACCACCGAAAAAUUCAACGCUAACUGAUGCCGCCGAGGAUUGGUCCCCAGGCGCCACACAAAUCGGAACUGGUAUGCAAAUAGCACCUAAGUUGCUUUCUCUAUGUUGGGAAGGAUAUCCUUUGCACUAUAUAAGGGAAUAUGGAUGGGGAUUUCUUGUGCCCUUUCGUGGACAGCCAUAUCCACCAAUAGACUUAGAUAGUGAUGCUUCCAAUCCAUAUCGUAUACCAAUAAAAAAGCUGAUUGAACGAUGUCCAGUACCGAAAACGCUUGAAAUUGACAAUUUAGACGCGGAUCCCAUGGGUUAUGACAUGGGUACGCUUAAUAAAGAGCUUGAAUCUAAAUUAGGAAAAAGAGAUUAUUUUAAAAAACAAGCGAAAGAUCACACAAAUGGAAUUUACCAGGGAGCGGGCAUUUGGUGUAAGAAAAUUUUGGAAGGAUGUUGCUUUUUCCUAAAACUACCACAUAAAAAUGGCAAUUCAUUUCGAGUGGGUAAUCCUUUGUCGAAAGAUUUUCUUAAUAAAUUUUCUGAAAAUGUGCUAAGUAGUGGAGAUGCGGGGGAAGGUUCGGCAAAGCGUGUUAUUGAUAUUGCCCGUAUGAUGUCCUAUUGGCGUAACAAUCGUGAUCGUAUAAUGGGUCAGCUUGUUAUAUGGUUUAAUAAGGAUGAUUUACCACAAGAAUUUAAAAGUAAUGGGAGUAUUGACGAUAUAAUGGAAUACGGAGCGAUUUGCCCACAAGUCGUUGCCUGUGGUACUUUAACACGCAGAGCAAUGGAACCCACUUGGAUGACGGCUUCAAACUCACAGCGUGAACGCAUAGGCUCCGAGUUACGUUCCAUGGUACAAGCACCAGCAGGCUACCGUAUAGUUGGUGCUGAUGUCGAUUCCCAGGAAUUGUGGAUUGCAUCAGUCUUAGGCGAUGCAUAUGCCUGUGGUAUCCAUGGCGCCACACCUCUAGGCUGGAUGACCAUUAGUGGCUCUAAGUCAAAUGGCACGGACAUGCAUUCUAUCACCGCAAAAGCUGUGGGCAUAUCUAGGGACCAUGCCAAAGUAAUUAAUUAUGCGCGCAUUUAUGGUGCUGGACAAAAUUUCGCCGAGGGAUUACUUAAGCAAUUUAAUCCCACUCUAUCUGAUACAGAAGCGAGGAGUAAAUCGCAGAAAAUGUUUGCUAUUACUAAAGGAAAACGAGUUUAUAAACUGCGCGAGGAAUUUGCAGACAAUUAUGACGACAGAAACUAUUCCGGUUAUGAGGCAUUGAAAUUAGCUGCUGCAUCCAAUCGAGCUGUAAAGGAGAUGUUUCACAUUCCCAGAUGGGUGGGUGGUACUGAAAGCGCGAUGUUUAAUAGGCUAGAGGAAAUAGCCUUAAGUGAAUGCCCAAAAACGCCUUUCCUUAAUUGUCGUCUGAGUCGUGCUUUAGAAGUACACGGUGGAGAUGAGAAUCGAUUUCUACCUACACGUGUAAAUUGGGUUGUACAAAGUGGUGCUGUAGAUUUUCUACAUCUCAUGUUAGUUUGUAUGCGAUGGCUUAUGGGCACAAAAGUUCGUUUCAGCUUAAGUUUUCACGACGAAGUACGUUAUUUGGUGAAAGAGGAGUUGGCGUAUAAAACAGCACUGGCGCUGCAUAUAACAAAUCUUCUCACACGUUCAUUUUGCUCAUCACGUCUCGGACUAACAGAUUUGCCAAUGUCUGUAGCAUUCUUUUCAUCAGUUGAGGUGGAUACAGCUCUGAGAAAAGAUAGCAACAUGGAUUGCAAAACACCAUCAAAUCCUCAUGGACUACAUAUUGGAUAUGGAAUUCCACCUGGUGAAAGUUUAAAUAUAUAUGAUGCGAUAUCAAAAGCUGAAGGAGGUGACCUUAAUAAUUGGCCUUGGCUAAAAUGAUGAUUUAUUGUUUGGUUGCCUUAAAACUUUAAAAGUUUUUUUUUUUUUGUAAAUUAGGUUACUAGUUAACUAGGUCAAAACCAAUUGUUGUGGUUGUAAAAAGAUCUUAAAUAAUUUUUAUAAACCGACUUUUAUAUCAUGGUAAUUUUUUCUAAAUGAUAAUGGGUGUUCUCAAUUGCUUGCCUAUCAGAUUAUUUGGUUUUCUGGUUAUAUUUCUUAUACAGUUUACAACUACAAAGUUCGCGGGAAUAAUCAUUUUAAAGCGGGUAGUUUGAUAUCCACGAAGGAUAAUACAAACCAGUAACUUUUCUCAAAAAAAAAGGGAAAAUUUUUGUAUGCGGACGGCAAAUUCUUGAAAAAGUGGAAUGAGAGGGGUAAAAUAGGACUCCUUGGUUUCAAAAAUAACCCCCUUUUUUCUAGCAAUCCUAUAGGUUCUAUAUAAUUUGUUGAAGUUUUCGUAUAAACAAUGAAUAAGAUAUAUCUUAUAUAGCUAUAGCAAAAUAACAUCAAACAUGGUCUUGCCAGACUGGAAUUUUGAAUAAUAAAA